AUGGUAAUAAAUACAACUACUUCACAGAAAAUCACUAUUCAACGUUCAGCUAAUAGUACAUUGACCACUAUGCAUAAAAGUAAGCAAUCAACCGGCGCACGAAAACGAACAAUGGAAAUAUCUUCAAAUGGAACAACAUUAAGUUCUCUUGGUCAAGACACAGUGAGUGAUAUAAGUGGGGAUGAUGCUGAAAAUCCAAUUCCAUUGAAAAAGCGACGAGUCUCAAUAGUUCAUACAUAUGCUCAUAAAUUAUCUGAUCUCGAAUAUCAAUGUUUAUUAUGCAUGAAAAUAAUUCGAUGUAGUAUCGGUAGUAAUUCGAAUAUAAAACGACAUUUAAUACAAGUGCAUGGACUGAACCAUUUAAAAUCAAAAAGUGAUCCAUCUGUAGUACCAAAACGAUUAUUUGAUCCGUUCCGUAAAGUUACACUCGACGAAGCGGCUAUAAAAUGUAUAGUUGUUGAUAGUAGACCAUUUGGAGAUUUUAGGAGAAAAGGUAUGUUACAUUUUUUAUCAACAGCUUUGCCAGGUUAUGUUGGUCCACAUGCUAACACUGUUCGACAAACAAUGAAACAUUUAUAUGCUAAUAAAUUAUUGAAACUUCGAGAAGAUUUGAAACAAAUACCUUAUGUUUCUCUAACAACAGAUUUAUGGAGACGGCCAAGAAAGCAUCAUUACUUGUGUGUUACUAUCCAUUAUGUAGAUACAAAUUAUUUGAAUGUUUCUAAAGUGCUUAGCUUCCGACGAUUUCAUGGUCGUCAUUUCGGUCAACGUAUUCGGAAUCAUUUAAUUCGAGUUGUAAAUAACUUUCAACUUGAAUCAAAGAUUGUAGCUAUUGUUAGUGACAAUGGUAGUGACAUGCAUUUUGCUACACAGUAUCCAGAAAUGUUUGGUGUUAGACUACACUGUUUAACACAUGCGCUAAAUUUAACUGUUGCAAAUGGUUUGCAAUUAUGGAAGAAAAAAGAUAAAAAACAAGAUUCAACAACAGAUUUAACAAAACCACACGAUGAUGGUGAAAUUGAAGAUGCAGAUGGUAAUGAAGUUGAAGAAGAAUCGUCUGAUGAAUCAGAUGAAGAAGAAGAAGAAAUAUCAACAACGCUCAAUGCUGAUGAUAAUGAAUCAAAUAUUGUAAUCAAACACUUCGAUUUAGACGAAGAAGGUCAUCGUGAAAUACCUCAAGAUAACACCGAUAUUCUCUCAUCAGAUGAAGAUAUGGAUGAUGAUAAUGGUCAAAUAUUGGAUUCUUCUACUAUUAUUAAUAAUAUAAAUGAUGUUCUUAGUAACUGCCGGAAAAUCAUCAAUACAAUCAAUCGUUCUAGUAUUCUAUAUGAAAUUAUUCAUAAUCUUGCUCGUCCUUCUAUUAAUGCUGAUCUUAUACUUGAUAUGCAAAUUCGAUGGAACAGUACAUUCAAAAUGACAUCUAGAUUAGUUCAAUAUCGAUCAAUUUUAAACACAUUUAUGGAACAAUUAUCUUCGAUAGAUGGUGUUACUUCUAAACAGAGAAAUAAAUUAAUAAAAUCUCAGAUUUCAAAUGCAGAAUGGGAUAUUCUGAAUACGUUAAAUUCGACACUUUCAAUUUUUUCCGAUGCGUCAGUGGAGUUAUCUGGAAGUGGAUAUCCAUCAUUUUCAACAGCGUACGUGAUUUGUUCAUUUUUAAAUCCAGUUGUGUUUGAUAUUAUGGACGAACACGACAGGCUGUCGGCCAAAAAGCUACUAAUGACAGACACGCACAUGAAACGUAAUGUUAAUCAAGAAAACAAAACAGUUCCUGCAUCAUCUAUAUCAACUACUACAGAUACACUCGCUACCAUCACAACCAGUACAACAAAUCUUUCACCCGCAGAACGACUAAAAUUAUUUCGUGCCAAAUGUGGUAUUGCUCAACCAUUAUCAACACUUAAAAAGUCAAAAACUGUAUCCUUGAAACAAGAGAUAGCCAAAUUUGAAACACUCGAUAAAGAUGAGCAUUCUUUUUCAACAUUUUGGAAGAAAUACGAACGGUCUUUACCAUUGUUAAGCAAAAUGGCUCGUCGUUAUGGAUCAAUUACUGCGAGUUCAGUACCUAGUGAAAGCAGUUUUUCUAUAGCUGGUUAUUUAGCACGAAAAAAUCGAUCUUCUCUAAGCGCUAAGAAUCUUAAAUAUUCUAUGUUUCUUAAAGACAAGAUCUAA